UUGUGCCUUUGUUCACGCCCCUUUCGUUGCUGCCUGGUGUGUCUCGUUGUUCCUUGGCCAGCUCUGUCUUAUUUUCUAAUUUAGUCCUGUGUAUUUAAACCCUUGUGUUUCCUCAGUUCUCUGUUUUUCAAUGUCCGUGUGUGUGUGUGUGUGUGUGUGUUUCUCGCUGCACUGUCUGUAGGCUACUCCAAGUUGUAAGUUAAGAGUUCCUUGUCUUGAUUUAAAGUUAUUUCUGUGUCAGAAAGUGACGUAGGCUACCUUGCUAGUGAUGCAUGAAUAAGAAAGCACACGUCAUUUCUCAUGUAUGUCCUUGAUUACUUAUUGCAUCCUUGUUUUUACUUUUUCUCAGUAGGAGUGGCUAGGGAGUAAUUAAAGAUGGUGUUUAUGGUUGGUGAGCUUUUCCAGGAAGUCCACGACAUAAAACUCAGUCCCCUUUAUACCCUGUUAUAUUCGUCUCGAGCCGCAAUUUGCAAUAUUGCAAACAUGCCUUCAGCGAUUAAGAGCAUUUCAGUAACAUACGACGCAAUCAAUGAGGACAAUACUUUCAGUAGCGGUGACCGUAUUUCCGGGCGUGUUACCCUUGAUAUCGCUAAGGAAACGAAGAUUAAGUCUUUUACAGUUAAAGCGAAAGGUAAAGCAAGUGUCUUGUGGAGUGAACAUUAUGGUUCUGUUACAAUAGUUUACUCCGACAAAGAAACAUACUUCAAGUCGGAACAUUUCUUCAUACAAGAGAAGAAAAGUAAUGAAGGAGAUGGGUUUUCACUCCUGCAAGACCAAUCACAGGAGACGUAUUCUGAUGUUGUUCUUCCGGGAUGCCAUGUGUAUCCAUUCACUUUUCAAAUACCUCCGCAGGACAUGCCAUCAUCCUUCAAAGGUGAAACUGGAAAAGUGAUUUUCUUCCUUGAGGCAAAAUUGAGCAGGUCGAUGCUGCUGUCAACCAAAGACAAAACUGAGUUCACUUUUGUGUCCAGGACUGAUAUGCAUGUUCCAGACAUGAAGGCGGCUCAGUUUGGGACUACAGAGAAGAAUUUAAGGUUUCUUAACUCUGGAAGUAUCUCAGUGGGAGCAAGCAUCGACAGCAUGAAGUAUUACACUGGAGAUGAAUUAAAGAUAACGGCUGAAAUCCAGAACAACUCUUCUCGUGCUAUUAAGCCCAAAUAUUGCCUGUACCAGAAACAAAGUUACUUUGCUCUUAAGAACAGGCGGGUACACACUAAAGAUAUCGUCAAAGAGGAAGGAGAGCCCAUUGAACCAUCAACAAAUGAAACUGUGAGCUUAUCGAUGAGCAUCCCCUCAGACAUCACCCCCUCCAUUCUCGACAGCAGCCGGAUCCUCAAAGUGGAAUAUAGACUCAAGGUCUAUCUGGAUAUCAAGUAUUCCAGAAAUCCAGCGAUCAAGCUUCCAUUGGUCAUCCUUGCCCCGCCGCAGAUGGCAGGUGCAGCCACAGGUGCAGCCACAUCAGAUGCUUUGGAGAGAACAGAGCCUCCUCCUCCAUACAGUGCCUACAGUCUAUACCCAUCCCCCUUGGGCCCGUCAGGGAGUACGUCUGCAUAAUACUUUAUAGUGAAUGUGCUGAGAUGUUUUUACAUGGUUAGUCAUUUCAUUGUAAUAUUAAUUCAUAAUAGUUCAUAAUUUCACAGAAAAAUUUUACUGAAAUUCUGCACCACAGGGUUUUGUAUAAAUUGCAGAAUAUGCCAGACUGAUACCUAAGAAGACAUUGACUGCAUGUGUCAUAUUGUCACUGUAAACUAUAGUGUAGUAUAGGGCAUUUUUAGUGUUUACUAGUUAAAGGAAGAACUGUCUAUGAAACUGUACAAACAGUGGUAUCUCAAUAGCAUGAACUGGCCAGUUAAACAUUGUAACGCAAUUUACAGUGUCAAGUUGGGGUACCACUAGUACUUAAAAUAGGGAAAUAAUAAGAAGAUCAUUCACAGAGGGAUCACUACACAGAAACGGUGAAAUCUGCUUAAACUUAAAAAUUUCUUUUGACAUAUUCCUUUAAUUAAAACUCUAUCUAAAAUAUUAAACAACAUCGAAUUAAAUACAACCUGAAUAUUAAGACAAAUGUAGAGUAGUGGAAUGAUGAGGCCAAAGAUACGAAAGGUAUUAGGUAAUGUACAGGUCAUUAAUAAUAAAAAUAAUAAUAAUAAUAAUAAUAAUGGAUGUUAUUUGUAUAGCCCAUUUAAAAUACAAAGAAGUCUCAAGGUGCUUUACAUGGUUAAACAAUCACAACAAUAAUAAAAAGUAAUAGAAGUGCUAAAGAAGUGCAGAAAAUAGGAUAAUAUAAAAUACAAAAAAAAAAAAAAAAUUAAUUUAAAAUAAUUAAUAAUUAAAAAACGCAAUUUAGGACAGAAUAAUUUAAACAACGCAAUCUAAAAACAAAAAACAAAAACUAAACCAGGACUUUAGGUGAAGGCAGAGAUUAAUAGGAUGGUUUUGAUGUGUGAUUUAAAAGCAGCGAGGGAAUCUAAGGCCCUAAUGUUCUCCGGGAGCUUGUUCCAUAGACGUGGCCCCAGCGAGGAGAAGGCACGAUCUCCCAUUUUUGUCAGUUUUGUCCGGGGAACUGCAAGGGGGUUGGAGUUUCCUGACCUAAGUGUCCUGGAUGUGAAAUGAGGGGUGAGGAGGUCCUGGAGCUAGGUUGGACCGGUAGUGUGUAUGGCCUUGUGAACUAGGAGAAGGACUUUGAAAAUGAUUCCUUGGUUAAUUGGAAGCCAGUGGAGGGAGUGGAGGACUGGGGUUUAAACAACAUUGUAUGAAUUUAUUUGAUUUGCACCAUCAUUUUUUCCCCCGUCAAACCAACAACAGUUGAAGAAUAUUUACAUUUACAUUUACAUUUAGUCAUUUAGCAGACUAUUCCUAUUUCCUCCUCCUAUUUAAACAAGAAGUGUUUGAUACUAACUCUAAAAUAUCAACUAAUGAUUAUAUCACCAAUAUCGCCUUGAUUUAGAACAGAUUUCCAAUGUACACUAGAAUUAGCUUAAAGAGUGAAAAACUUUCCCUAUUUAUGUUUCCUCAACCAUAAAUUAAGCUUCAGAGAAUGACAUUUCCACCAUUUAGCUCACUAACUUAGAGAACAAAUGCACUGAACAUGUUGCAACAUCCUGGCAGUAGGAAACGCCUAGUGUGGUUCCUAGUUAGUAAGGCUGAACAGAGAACUUUUCACUUCAUACCUAAUGCCCCAACCAGUACUUUAGCCAUUGUGUUUUAAAAAAUAGCCCAUUGUAAUAAAUUAUAUUCAUCCAGCUUUUAUUAUUAUUAUCAUUAUUAUUAUUAUUAUAAUUAUUAUUUUAUUUUAUAAUUAGUGUUUUGGUGUCCUGGGGUUAAACAACCAUAGGGGAAAAUGAGUCAGCAGCACAUGACUUCUUAUCUCCUUAACCCUUACUAUCAACAGAGGUCAUGGAAACAAUAAAUGUCAUCGUCCUUUCUACUAAUCACGUCCGGGGGUUACUGUGCAUUAGUACAUUACCAUUGUGGUUUCACUCAUAACUGGUCUGGUUGAUGAGGUGAAUAUGAUGAUUUCUAAUAUGAGGAGUCAUCGUAUAGCCUAUUAUGUAAGUGACAAGAUGAGUUCUCCUUUAUUAAGACAAUGUUACAAAUCACUACAGACGCAAAGCAGGUCUCGAGGUAUCUAUAUUUCAACAGAAUGUGUGGGGGAAAUCUACUUAUCUCAACAUUGUGCACUACUUUAGUGAGACCAAAUGUUUUAUGUCUACUACUACUCUACUACUUGGAGGUGAGGUUGAACAGAUGCAUGUAGGCAGAAAAGACAAAGGUCACUUUGGCUGAUAUGAGCAUUCCAGAUAUUACACUUACAAAACCGUGACAGCCUUGGGUACCUUGAUUACUCUGCAUACCCUGUGUUUCAACCUGAAAUAUCCUCGUAGUGAGAUUAUCUUAUUUGUAUUUGUCAAUACAAAUAAAUACUUAUUUUAAAAAGCUACAACAUAUUCUCAUGACUACAAAUGAGUUUGACAAGAUACCUGUAGGUAAGAGGUAUACAAGUAAGAAUUCAGCCUUAACUGCAAUGAUACCUCAUUUAAGUAAUUGUGAUGGGCUUCAUUUACUGUUGAGUGGACUGUAUGUGUCUCCAUUUUGUCUUCCUGUGAUCACCCUGCCUUUAGAUCAGCGACAAUCCAAAUGUAAGUCUCCCUGCCCUUUAGCUGCAUGGAGAUAUUACAGAAAGUUUCACCUGACAUGAGUGAUUCCACAAGUACACAGUUGACUUGAAACAGUAAACCGUGAAAGUCAGCUGCUACUGUUGAAAGGAUGUCAAUUUGUCAACACGUGAGACAAGUUUCCUGAAACUGCCAUUCUAAAUUUCCAUAAAAGGUGUGUUCUGAUAGGUCUCGCCAAGCAGGAUGGGAAAGCUGAGAGCCGUGUUCCAUGACUUCUAUUACUCCCUUUGUGCCCUGUGAGCGAGGAAAAUAAUGUCUGAUUUCAGCUGUAUGGUACAGGCCCUUUUGAGUUUACAUGAGAGAAAUAUAUGGUACAUUUUUUGUGCUGUUUAUGAAUGAUGACCCUUUACAUAUAAAGGCCCCGUCACACCAUGACGUUCUGGUCAAAGUUCUCUGAACUUUCUAAUCGUUCAAUUUCGAGCGUUCU